GUUGACUUGCUCACGUUCCUUGCCAUGGACUACAGACCACGAUAUUCUCAGCCUUUCACGUUUGCCGAAGUUGUGCAGCUUGAUGUCGCUGUCAUCACAGAAGAAAUCGCGCGUCUGCAGAACUCGCUUGCGCACCUCAGGCGAACGCAAGAAGAGCUUAGGGCCGCUUCAGAUGCUUCUCCGGACCCAGAGCUCAUAAAGAUUAUGGAAGAGAACGAAGUCGUCAUCGGCUCGCAGCAAGAAAGAAUAAGGAUGCUUAAGAUGGCGUUGACAGAGAAGGGUAUCCGCAUGGGCAGUCACUAUGAUCUUCCACAGGAGGGGGCGAGUCAGGGCACUGUGUUAGAUGCACCGUUGCAGGCCCAGCAUGCCCCAGCUCCUUCUACCGAGUCCGAACGUGUUGACGAGCACGACGAGGAUGGCGGAAUUCAUCUCUGAUUCAUUCUACUGCGGUCAGAUUGUUCCUCGUAAUUAGAGUGUAUGCUAUCUUCACGGACGUAGGCUUUCUCCGAUGUGACAAGCUACCGCUCUCUUAAGACAGUAUAUCGAGUCAGGAACUCAUCGCUGACCAUUGCGUGUGGUUUUCUUUUGCCAGACGUUCAUGCAGAAUACUGACAUUGGUUGACAUACACAUUGAAUACUACCGUGAACACACAGAGCAGACACAUAUAAUGAGAAUUUGAGAC